ACUAGCAGGGGCUAUAUAAACAAAAUCGACACAAUUCUCGGCGCAAGCAAACUCAAAGGAACAAAAUCUGCUCCAAGCACAAAUCAAAAUUCUGGUUUUAUUAAAGACGAGAAAUAAACGCAAAAUUUCUGGAUAAAAUGGCUGACCGCGAUGCCGCAUCGAAUCAGUUGAUUGACUACAAAAACUCUCAAACGGUCUCACCUGGAGCCAUCACCACUGGUCAUGGUGCACCCGUUGGCAUUAAGGAUGCCACACAGACGGUGGGUCCCCGUGGACCUGUGCUCCUGCAGGAUGUGAACUUCCUGGAUGAGAUGUCGCACUUUGAUCGCGAAAGGAUUCCCGAGCGUGUGGUGCAUGCCAAGGGAGCUGGUGCCUUUGGUUACUUUGAGGUUACCCACGAUAUCACCAAGUACUGUGCCGCCAAGAUGUUCGACAAGGUUAAGAAGCGCACUCCCUUGGCCAUCCGUUUCUCCACGGUGGGCGGUGAGAGUGGAUCUGCCGAUACUGCUCGUGAUCCUCGUGGAUUCGCCGUCAAGUUCUACACGGAGGAUGGUGUCUGGGAUUUGGUUGGCAACAACACUCCUAUCUUCUUCAUCCGCGAUCCCAUCCUUUUCCCCAGCUUCAUUCACACCCAGAAGCGUAAUCCGCAGACGCAUCUGAAGGAUCCCGAUAUGUUCUGGGAUUUCCUCACCCUGCGUCAGUCGACGCAUCAGGUCAGCUUCCUGUUCAGCGAUCGUGGAACUCCCGAUGGCUAUUGCCACAUGAAUGGCUAUGGCUCGCACACCUUCAAGUUGGUCAAUGCCAAGGGUGAGCCCAUCUAUGCCAAGUUCCACAUGAAGACGGAUCAGGGCAUCAAGAAUCUGGAUGUGAAGGCGGCCGAUCAGUUGGCCAGCAGCGAUCCGGACUAUAGCAUUAGGGAUCUGUACAACAGGAUCAAGACCUGCAAGUUCCCCAGCUGGACGAUGUACAUUCAGGUGAUGACCUUCGAUGAGGCCAAGAAGUUCAAGUACAAUCCAUUCGAUGUGACCAAGAUCUGGCCGCACAAGGAGUAUCCUUUGAUUCCUGUUGGCAAGUUGGUGCUGGAUCGCAAUCCCAAGAAUUACUUUGCCGAGGUGGAGCAAAUCGCCUUCAGUCCUGCUCACUUGGUGCGAAUUGAACCAUCUCCGGAUAAGAUGCUCCAGGGUCGCCUGUUCUCCUACUCGGACACCCAUCGUCAUCGUCUGGGACCAAACUAUCUGCAGAUUCCCGUCAAUUGUCCCUAUAAGGUUAAGGUUGCCAACUUCCAGCGUGAUGGCGCCAUGAAUGUCACCGACAACCAGGACGGUGCUCCCAACUAUUAUCCCAACUCCUUCAAUGGACCCCAGGAAUGCCCUAGGGCAGGCUCUGUCCACCUGCUGCCCGUCACUGGCGAUGUCUAUCGCUACAGCAGUGGUGAUACUGAGGAUAACUAUGGCCAGGUCACCGAUUUCUGGGUGCGUCUCGACAAGUGCGCCAAGAAGCGUCUGGUGCAGAACAUUGCCGAUCAUUUGAACAACGCCAGCCAGUUCUUGCAGGAGCGUGCGGUGAAGAACUUCACCCUGGUUCAUGCCGAUUUCGGACGCAUGUUGACCGAAGCUCUUAAUCUGGCCAAAUCCUCCAAGUUCUAAGCAUGGAUAUCACCAGAUCUGGUUUUUCUUGGCCUUAAUUACGGUUUAACCCUAUUUGGAACUUAACGAUUCCAACAACUACAAACAACAACACCCAAUUCCGACGACUCUGACUAACAACAAGAAGCAUAUUUGCUUAUCGGCUACCUUGGUUGCGGGCUAAAAUCAAAUUAAUUAAUUAAUUAUUGUGCUUGUAUCUUGUUUUGAUAUUCAAAAUUGUCUUAGUUUAUACACGAAAUACAAUUAUAUGCAAAUGGAUGCACAUAUACAAUAAACUCUA